ACUAUAUCUUGAUUUAUUCUACAUAGAUAUCAGUGUUGAUUAAACAGUCGCAGGUGACAUUUAUUUGCUUGAAUUUCUUUUCCUCACAAAUCCCCCAUAUUGCUUCUGUAAAGAACAGGUCAUGUGAUGGCUUAGCUGUUCUCUGUGUUGAGAGGUCAGUCAGUCUGGUUAAGAAGACACUGCAGGUUAAGCCAGCUCUUACAUGUACAUUUUGGCUGUGCUUCUGUAUGAAAACAUCCUGCUUUCACAAAAGGCUGCAGGACACAAAGGCUGCAAUGGGCUCCAUGGAGGAAGAGCACACAUGCCCCAUGUGUCGUGACCUGUUUGGUCGAGCUCAACCCUUUCCCUGCGGCCACAGCUUUUGCCCGGCCUGCGCACAAGAGGCAUGGAGCCAGAGUGGCAAGCGAAGAUUUGUAUGCCCACAAUGCCUGGAGGAGCAGGGGCUGGUUGUGUGUGACUGUUGUCCGGAAGGCGAGGGUGACGAGGUUCAAGCAGCUGUGAAGACCUGCCUGCGAUGUGAGGUCUCUCUGUGUGAGCAGCAUCUGCAGCCACAUCUGCAACGGCCAGCUUACAGCACUCACCUGUUGGUGGAGCCAUUGAUGGACGUAACCCGCCGCAGGUGCCCCACCCAUUGGGAGGUAUUCCGGUAUUACUGCAUGGAUGAUAGGGAGUAUAUCUGCCAAGACUGUAUUCUGGAAGGACGGCAUGCUCAACACCAGGUCAAAGGGGUGAGAAAAGUGGAGGAGGAAUACAAAGUCAAAUUACAGAGCCUGCUCGAGAAAGCAGAAGAGAAAGUAAAGCAAGGUGAAAUAAUGCUUCAAGAACAUCAAAAUGCUUGUGCGUCAAUCAUUGAGGACUCCUCUGUGAGUGAUGUCUCUCAGGUGUUACAGAUGGGCUCAGCCCUGCAGACUCGUGUGGGACGACUAGUGUCGGCUGUAAUAAACAUCACUGAGCAGGAGAGACAGCAGGCCAUGGACAGGGUGCAGGAAGACUGCAGCAGGGUGAGAGAAGAUCUAAACCAAACUGAGAGCCUCCACCGCUUCCUCGGCUCCCUGCUGGACGAGAGAGACCCCUUCCUGUUAAUCUGGGCAUACCAGACAGAGGAUUCACAGAUGAUGGCAGAUCUCAACUCCCCUCUGUUCACACCGCCUCAACCCAGCAUGGAUAAGAAACGUGUAUUAGAGAAUGUGGAAAAUAAAUACAGAGAAUUUAUAGCUGACACUCUGCGCUGCCUAAUUGAGCUCAAGAGAGAUCUCUUAAGCAGCCCAUUAACCUUGGACAAAAACUCAGCCCAUCCACUCCUAAAUAUCUCUGAAGACCUACACUCAGUGAUGAGGGUGAAAAAACGUUUGCCUGUCCCUGAGCAUCAAGACCGCUUCGACCACUGGUCUCAGGUGGUCUCCUGUCAAAUUCUUUCUACAGGAACCCAUUAUUGGGAGCUGGAGGUGGAGGGUUUCUGGGAUAUAGCAGUGACUUACCACAGCAUUGGGAGAAAAGCAAAAGAGGGCACGGCCUUUGGCUGCAAUAAGAUAUCCUGGAGCCUGACACAGCAGCGUGACAGGAAACUUGCUGCCUGGCAUAACCGAAAGAAAACCCAACUCUCCGUAAAAAUGUCAGGCAACCAUUUGGCAGUGGCUCUGGACUAUAAUUCUGGCUCCAUCACCUUUUCAGAAGUAGGGUCGGCUUCCACCCUGCUCCCCUUGCACAAUUUCAGCACCAGCUUCACCCAGCCCGUCUGCCUGGGCUUUGGCCUCUACAAACCAGAGCUGAACAGCAGGGUCACCGUCCUCAAGAAAAUAUGACUGCAUUUAGCCUACCUCUCGAAUUUGGGUGAAGAUGGGAACUGUUUAUUUUAUAAAGAGUUUAUUUCUUGAUGGAUAUAUCAUGGUCUGGUUGAAAAGGUAGACUUUAUUUUUCCAAGUUUUAGUUUUUCAUUUUCUUUUAUAAUUAAAGUCUUGAUGUUGAAAAAACCUAGUCUAAUCUUUUAUAACUGCGGUUUUUCAUAUGUUUUCACUCAUAUUUUCAGGGGAACGGAGAUCCAGUGCAUCUUUCUCCAUUUGACAGCUAUUCAAAAUUA